AUGCAGUCAGAAUCUGGGAUCGUGGCGGAUUUCGAAGUCGGGCAGGAGUUUCACGAAGAACCCAAAACCUAUUAUGAACUCAAAAGUCAAACUCUGAAGAGCAGUUCGGCAGAGCAUCCUGGGGCCUCCAAGCCUCUGUUAAGCUCCUCCAGUAUGACAUCACGCAUCUUGCUAUGCCAGCAACUCAUGCGUGAGCAGAUGCAGGAGCAGGAGCGCAGAGAACAGCAGCAGAAGCUGCAAGCAGCCCGGUUCAUGCGACAGAGAGUGCCUGUGAGCCAGACACCAGCCAUAAACGUCAGCGUGCCUACCACCCUUCCCUCUGCCACCCAGGUGCUGAUGGAAGUCCUCAAGGUGCAGACCCACUUGGAAAACCCCACCAAGUACCACAUACAGCAAGCCCAGAGGCACCAGGUAAAGCAGUACCUUUCUACCACUUUAGCAAAUAAACAUGCCAGCCAAGUCCUGAGCUCACCAUGUCCAAACCAGCCUGGCGACCACGCCAUGCCACCAGUGCCGGGGAGCAGCGCACCCAACAGCCCCAUGGCUAUGCUCACUCUUAACUCCAACUGUGAAAAAGAGGCAUUUUAUAAGUUUGAAGAGCAGAGCAGGGCAGAGAGUGAGUGCCCAGGUAUGAACACGCACUCUCAAGCGUCGUGCAUGCAGAUGGAUGAUGUGAUCGAUGACAUCAUCAGCCUGGAAUCAAGUUAUAAUGAAGAAAUCUUGGGCUUGAUGGAUCCUGCCUUGCAAAUGGCAAAUACGUUACCUGCUUCCGGAAACUUGAUCGACCUAUACAGCAACCAGGGCCUGCCACCCCCAGGCCUCACCAUCAGCAACUCUUGCCCAGCCAACCUUCCUAACAUAAAAAGGGAGCUCACAGAGUCUGAAGCAAGAGCAUUGGCCAAAGAGAGACAAAAAAGGGACAAUCACAACUUGAUUGAACGAAGAAGAAGAUUUAACAUAAGUGACCGCAUUAAAGAACUAGGUACUUUGAUUCCCAAGUCAAAUGAUCCGGACAUGCGGUGGAACAAGGGAACCAUUCUAAAGGCCUCCGUGGACUACAUCCGAAAGUUGCAGCGAGAGCAGCAACGUGCCAAGGACCUUGAGAACCGGCAGAAGAAGCUGGAACAUGCUAACCGGCAUCUGCUGCUCCGAGUCCAGGAGCUUGAGAUGCAGGCUAGAGCGCACGGACUUUCCCUUAUCCCAUCUACCGGUCUCUGCUCACCUGAUCUGGUAAACCGGAUCAUCAAGCAAGAACCGGUUCUUGAGAACUGCAGCCAGGAACUUGUGCAACACCAGACAGACCUGACAUGUACAACGACCCUGGAUCUCACUGACGGUAUCAUCACCUUCACCAAUAACCUCGGCACCGCGCCGGAGAGCAGCCCGGCCUAUAGCAUCCCCAGGAAGAUGGGCUCCAACUUGGAAGACAUCCUGAUGGACAAGCCUCUUGGUGUCACUGACCCGCUGCUGUCAUCAGUGUCCCCAGGAGCUUCUAAAACAAGUAACCGGAGGAGCAGUAUGAGCGCAGAAGAAACAGAGCAUGCGUGUUAG